AUGAUUUCGGGCGAGAAUGGCGAUCAAUUAUCUUCAUUUAAGACAUUAAUAAAUGAACACGGCAUUCGAGUUGUUAAGACGAAAAUUAUAAAUCGGGUUGAUAGCUAUCAAUUUCGAUGCCCUAUUUUACUAGACGGAAAAAAUGAUAUUGUUCGGUUGCUUGUUCGAGAAACACAUGAAAAUUCAGGACAUGCAGGAGUUUUAACAAUUAUGAAUAUUUUACGAGAACGAUUUUGGGUGACAUCGUUAAGAAAAAUAAUAAGGUCAAUAAUAUCAAAAUGCGUGGUUUGCAAAAAACAACAUGCAAAGCACUUAGAAUGUGAACCGGCACCGUUACCUCUUAAUAGGGUUAGAGAUGCUGCGGUUUUUGAGGUCGUAGGUUUGGAUUUCGCGGGACCCUUAUUUACAAAAGGCGGAGGAAAAACGUGGAUUUGUAUAUUCAGGUGUGCGGUAUAUAGGGCAGUUCACUUUGAGUUGGCAUCGUCACUCUCAGUGGAAGGUUUUCUCGAAUGCUUUCGCAGAUUCGUGGCGAGACGCGGGCGUCCGCGAGAUGUUUACAGCGAUAACGGUACGAAUUUUGUUGGUAGUAAUAAUGCAUUUGGGAAAUUAGAAUGGCAAAAAAUUGCUAAUCAGAGCGCCUUGUCCAGGAUAGAAUGGCACUUCAGCCCACCUUCAGCCCCGUGGUGGGGAGGAUGGUGGAAGAGAUUAAUAGGCGUCAUGAAAAGAAUUUUACGAAAAACACUCGGCAAAGCAAGUUUGUCAUACGAAGGACUGUACACGGCGCUCUGUGAUGCAGAAGCAAUAAUCAAUGCUCGACCAUUGACGUACAUUUCCGAGAAUCCCGAAGAGCUUGUCCCUUUGUCGCCGUCCUUCUUUCUACAAGAAGUUAGAGAAGUGGGGAUUGUAGACUGUGACAUGCUGUAUCAUUCAAAAUUAAACAAGAAAGCAAAAUACAGACUUAAAAUUUUGAAAGACUUGCGAGUUAGAUUUCGUGCCGAGUACUUGGGACAAUUAACGAUUAAAAAAGGAAAGGGAGAAACACGGAAAAUAAAACCGGGUGAUAUUGUUUUGAUUGGUGAUGAUUUGCAUAAACGGUUGGAUUGGCCUCUCGCUAGAGUUGUCGAAAUAUAUCCGGGAUGUGACGGUAAUACUAGAGUAGCAUUAUUAAAAACGAAAGAAGGUUUAAAAAAGAGAGCUUUCCAACGAAUCUUCCCAUUAGAAAUCCCACAGGAUGAUGCUAAAGGCAUAGAGGAAUUAUGUAAAAAGGCGAAUUAUACGUCUGAACAGAGUAUGAACGAAAAAGAUGAUAAAUGUAUUUCAAAAAAUUUGAAUGAGGGAGAAAAUGACAAAAACGAAAAUUGUAUUUCGAGAAAUAUAAAUGAAGAAGAGAAUAAUAGAGAGAGUGAGUUGUGUGAGAGAGAUUCCGCGGUAAUUGUAACGAAGAGUGGUAGACGUGUCCGUAAGCCUGAUUAUUUCAAGUAUUAG